CGGGCACGAGACCUGGACCAUGCUCGUGGAGGACCAACGCGCACUUGGUGUCUUCGAACGGAAAGUGCUGCGUACCAUCUACGGUGGAGUGCAGAUGGAAGACGGCACAUGGAGACGGCGAAUGAACCAUGAGUUGCAUCAGCUGUUGGGGGAGCCGCCCAUCUGUCAUACCGCGAAAAUCGGACGACUACGGUGGGCCGGGCAUGUAGCCAGAAUGUCGGACAAUAGCCCGGUGAAAACGGUUCUCAAUUGCAAUCCGACCGGUACAAGAAGACGUGGCGCGCAGCGAGCACGAUGGAUCGACCAGGUGGAAGACGAUUUGCGGACCCUUCGCAGACUGCGUGGCUGGCGACGCGCGGCCCUGGACCGAGUGGAAUGGAGGAAUCUUUUGUAUACGGCACAGGCCACUUCGGCCUUAAUCUGUUAAAAAAAAAUGUGUUAAACGUCUACGGAACGUCUACGGAACGAUUUUAUGCUGCUUCAGGGCAUCCCCAGGCGGUGUCGCUGCAGCUUUUUUGACAUUACGCCAAGAAAGUUUUAUAUUUAUGAGGCUAUUUCCAUUGAUUGCAGCAUCUUUCAGUGUGACGGCUCACGCCGUAAACGACCUGGCCCAUCCGUGUGACGUAGUAUGAUUCGAAAUUUAAGCAACCAAAGAGUUUUACCAGACCAAACCAAAGCCUAGUAGCCGUGUGGUGUCCGGCGGGCUGAAAACUUUUUUUUCAGUAUUUCAGCCAAGAAUAGAACCACUGGGACCCUGCUCCCAUGUCGUAAGAGGCGACUAACAACAUUGGUCCGAUACAAAGUAUCGCCUCGUACCGUAGACUGUAUGACUAUAUGGACCAUAAGGUUUCGAGUCAUAGCCUUUAUCCAUUUUGGGGUGAGAGAAUCACUGGUAUAUAAUCACAUUUUCUGAUUCGAUAUUCCCGAUUCUGUACCAACGUUUUAGAUUUUUUCUGGCGAUAUUAAUAUACCGGUUCUUUAACGUCAAGGUAUAACUUUCAAAGCUUUGAUUUAAAAACCGAUCUAAAAAAUGGCACACUUUUAUGUAGGAAAUUUAUUGAAUUGCCUAAAAUGAAGCUGUAGAAUAGCACAAAAAGUUUUUUGGUUGGCAAGCGAUCUGUAGAUGUGUCAAAAUAAGCGAUUUUUUUAUUAAAUUUGGAACCGUCUACCGACAAAUCUACAUUGACGAAUACCUCUAAAAGUGUCUUCUUGAGAUCUCAUGAAGGUCUGACACAAGCUUUGCACCAAUUUUGCAUUUCUAAACCGUGGUAAACACUCCAGAACUUCACUCUGUCAGAAAAUGUAGGGUCAUCGGAAACUAAAACUUCGCACUCCUGGUCCGUUUUUCCAAAUCAUCCAAUGCAUCACUCUUUCGUGAUUGAAUCGCUCAUGUGGUAGUCGGUCUUUGCCAGUACUGGUCUUCUUCCGGGCCGCCGAUGGAUCAAGAGCCCUUGUCGUUGUGUUGUUAUAUUUAUUACGCAUAAUAAACAUGUCGUUUGCAAUUUGGCAUUUAACCCAAUUAUGGAAACGUGGCUGAUAGGGAGAGUGUAGAUGCCAACUUGUCAUUAACAUUUCGCAGUGAAUUUCUUCACAUUCGUUUGGGAUAUUUUUUAUAGUUUUUGUACGCUCUCUUUGUACAGCAAACUUUAGAAAUGAUCAUUGAAGUGUUAAUAAGAAGCAAUACUCCCGAUGGCCAGCUGUUCGGAAUUAAAAUUGCUCGUUUCGAAUUAUCGGAAAUUGAUCGCGAACGAGUUUCGUAUAUAUUGCUAAGAUCAUAUUGUCUAUAGAUGAAUAGAUACCUCUAUUAUAUUCCCGGCGGCUUGAUCCUGUUAUGUAACGCCCCGUGGAAGAAUAAUUCUUAAAAAGCCUAUUCGAACGGCAUUUAUAUUUCUACUGGAGGUCGCACACCUGAAAACUUUGAUCUUAAAUGAAAAGCUAAAUCACAAUAUCUACCAAGAUAUAUCCUGAUUCAUCUCCCUACCUUCUAACAUCAAUCUUAUCCUGUGACAGUUGUGGAUGAUGCAGAGGAUUCCUCGGUCAUAAUAGUCACAAGUGUUGAACUAACAUUCUUUCCCAUCCCAAAAUUGACCUGCAUGGGCGUGACCAUCUACGUUAUUGAUCAUAUUAUAAUCUUAGUCUCUUUAGGUUGCACGUUGAGCAUGAUGUAUUACUCCUAAGUAUCAUUCAAUUGGUUCAAUAUGCAAUUUCAACUUCGAUCAAUCACGGGCGGUCAACUAAGCUGAGCUGUGGUACGCCCUGCGAGAUCAUGUCGUCGCACUUCUAUUGCUUCGUCGUUGAAGUAUAAGGGAAUCUGAUUUGCUACGUGUUUUGUUCAAUGUUUGUUUGUAUGAUUUAACUGUAGUUCUACUCCAAUGAAUUCUCCACAUCGCGUUAAGAUGAACGAACAUUGCUGCGUUUGAAAUCUAGCACCAGUAUGUUGAGAUGCAGCCAAUGUCUAUAGAUUCACAUAUUUCCGAGCAGAGAGGGGCUUGUACAGAUUACAACAGAACUAAUCAUGAGUGUCUCGCGAGGAGCUGAAGCUCAAAACAAUGCGGCUUUUUGUCAAGUCACUACCACAGAUUUCAUCGGGAUUGGUUACCUUACCUUCACUAGCAAGUUCUCGCAUAUUCCAGUCUGAAAACAAAACAAGGCAUUGCUAUAUCCGAAUGGGGAAGGGAGAAACGGUUAAUAACUUGACCAAGUUGUGGUACAAUUUUCUGGCGCAAAAAAAACUUGAAACCUUUAAUUCAAUAUUAAAUUAACUUAAUUUCACAGAUUGACCAGAUGCCAUAGACCACAUAAGUAAACGAUGGAGCUUAAAAAGAUAACGAACGAAGUCUCGAGUGAGGAACAGUAUUCCUUUCUGGACAUUAAAUCCGGCAUGAAAUAUUUGCACGAAACAGGAACAAUGUCUGAUUGUGAGUUUCUGGUCGGCGAAGAAUCGGAAUCAGAGAGGAUUUCUGCACACAAAUUGGUCCUCUCGGUAGCGUCUCCAGUUUUCAAAGCUAUGUUCUACGGGACACUUGCCGAAAGGGGAGCUGAGCCGAUACGUGUUCCAGACAUUGAUCUGCCUGAUUUUGGAAAGUUAAUGACAACUUUUCGAUAUAUUAGGAGAUAUUUAAAAAAAAAACAAUGACCGACGCAACCACAACUUCCACGAACCAAGCGGACCUCACUGACUAUAGAAAGAAGGUAAAAUCACGCAUGUUGUAUCUGUACGAGACAGGAAAAUGGACUGACUGCCAGUUUCUGGUUGGGCAGGAACCCAGCCCGAAAACGAUUACCGCACACAAGCUGGUGCUCUCCCUGGCCUCGCCGGUGUUUGAAACAAUGUUCUUUGGUACUCUUACAGAGCAGAAUGACGUAUCCAUUCGCAUUGUGGACAUAGAAGCUGAGGUGUUUAGAAAGAUACUGCUCUACAUUUAUACGGACAAGAUAUGUCUGGAUUCGAUGGAUGAUGCGUUCAAGAUUUAUUAUGCUGCAAAGAAAUAUUUGCUUCCGCAAGUGACCGACCAGUGCACCACAUAUAUAAAAUCGAACAUCAAGCCGACUAACGCUUGCCUCGUGUAUGAAUUCGCAAAAUUCUACGACGAAUCUGCUCUGUUGCAGUCCGCCAAGACUAUUAUUAUCAACCACACUACACAGGUGAUACAGGAUCCUAGCUUUCUGGAGCUCGAUCUCAGCACAGUCAUAAUGAUAUUGGAUCAGGAGAUGCUUAACAUUACUACCGAGUUGGAUCUUUUCAAAGCUCUCAAGAAGUACGCCGCCAAGCAGGGAUUGUCACGAGUCGAUCACGUGAAUAGAGAACAAAAUCCAGCUACACCCCCAGAAACACCACCUUCAGUAAAUCAAAAUCAAAUUUCGAACGAUGAAAACAAAGAACAAACAGCGGUUGCGAAAGUUCAACCGAAGGUAUCGACUAUCGAUGAUGCUAUCUACCGGAUUCGUUUUCUAACUUUAAAACCACAGGAACUUGCUCCCGAACUAGCUGGAAUGGACCUUCUUACGCAACCCGAAAUUCUCGCUAUCAUAAUGAACUGUACGAUGGAGGCAAGCGGUUUUUUAAUGCCCGCAGAUCUUUCUACCAACCGGAAGGAUAGGGGACAGCUAUAUAGACAAAUGAGAGACAUUUCGGCCGGAUUAGACCGGAUGAACCAGGCAUGGAAAGGGUUCAAUAACAUAUAUACGGGAUAGGCUAUUACAGAGAAAUUAGUGAAAAUAUAUUUACUUAACACUUGCUUUUUGAGAAAUCGUAUUAUUCGAACACAUCCAAUAUCGUUUUAUUCGUUGUAGUAUUGCGCAGUCUGCUAGUGAUGUGUAAGGGGACCGUCUGUUGUUGAUCAGUGCGUUGCUUUUUCCGUUUAAGUGUUCAAACCAACUUGUCAAAGAUAAUAUUGUUAGUGUUGUUUGCCCUGAAGAUGAAGGCAUAGUCCUUCGAAACGUAGAUGAUAGACGCAGUAAAAUAUUAUUGUAAGAAACCCGUGACCAAACGCCAUACUGAAAACAAAGUGGUCGUUCAUCUUUCUAUCGUUAUAGUAUAUGAAAAAAAAAAAUAUACAAACGCUCAAACCCACGCGAUCAUUCACGCACCUUUUCGGCCGCGAUCUCGCAAACAUGAAAACGCUUUGAUGAUUAAGUGAACUUUUUAGCUCUAAUAAAAUUAUUAUCGCAGUCUCAAGCACGAACUUAUAAACGCUCGGUCCCACGCGAUCAUAAAAUCUACCACUCCCCCCAUCUGAACUGUGCACUCAAUAUCACAAUCAGAAUCACGGCCUGCGGCAAGCAGUGUUAGAGUGGUUGACAUUUCCCGUCUCGUCUUAUAAUGAGUGAUUCUGACAGGGAACCCUUCCGAGUAUCCCGCUCUACAGCUCUAAUUUGGACUACCCUUAAAAACCAAAAAUUUAACGUAAACCCUAGAUGCUAUCAACAGCAUCCCGGCCACAAAUGAACAGAAAGUAGAUAAUAAUUUCUUUCGGUAUAUUUUUGUCUUAAGAGAAUUUAAAUUCUGGAACUUCACAAAAUAUAUAGGACUCCCACUAAUACCGAAAGAAAUGCCUCAAACCAUUUUUACCAACAUAAAAUGGCUGCUUUCCAUCAUAUACCUAUCCAUAGAAUGCUAAAUUUACCUCUCAGUAAGAAUGCAAAGAUAAAGAAGAAAGGAAUCAUAUUUGAAAUUGUUAAGCUCAAUGGUUUUCCAGAACUAUCCGAUCAAUUUUGAUAAAAAAUUAGGGUCAUUUCACGUCUUCCGUCUCCUAGAAUCUUAACCUCGAUAAUGGAAAUUUUGAAUGAAAUUGCUAUGGGUUAUAAAAAAAAGUUUGGAAUAAUCCAAAUAGAUAAACCGCGCAGAUAGGUGGGAUAACAAGAUAUCGUGUUCUCAUUGCGACAAAGUAUAUAAAUAUUGGACAGAGAAGGAGAACUCUAGAAACUCGUUUUAAUGAACAUAUCGCAGAAAUAGCCAGAGCCUCCAGGAGGGACUCUAUAAAUAGUCUACCUCAGCGGUCUUCAACAUUUUUCGUAUCACGGACCCCUACGAAAUCUGGAUUUGUGACCCGCACGGGCUAACAUCGAUUAGCCUAUUUAUUUUAGAUAUAUUUGACACACUUCAAUGCGUUAGCACAGUUGCGCCGUGGUGCUUUCAUAUUUUUAUAUUACUGUGGAUGCAGCUUGCUGCUACGUGUUGAGAACGUGUUUUCUUGGCGAUGAUGCUGUGCUAUCCUCGUCAUAUCUUGGGAUUCAGCCCAUUUGCCUUAUCUCGCGAUAUCGUUCACGUUGUCUGCCUUGAUCGGGGGACAGCUUUCAUGAUGUUCGAAGUCGGAAGUCCUUCGCUGUUCUAAAUCCGUCUUUGUCGGCAUUUAUUGUGCUGGAUGUUGGUUUGGAGAAACUAGACCAAUCGUUGUUAUUACGGUGUUGGUACAGGAAGUUAGUUUCGAUAUACAAAGCGCAUCGGUUAUUGUUUGGCUAAUUGAUUGUGUUUUAUCAACAUUUGUUGCAAGCAUUUUUUGUAUUGGUGAUUUUUCUUAGUGACUUCGAAGUGUUGUUUUCCGUAAUGUGCCAUGUUUUAACAACACCAACCGCCGUUGGGAAUGAAAUUUUUGCUCAAGUAUCGUUUUUAACGGAUUCCACUUCUCCGCAUUUUGACAUAAAUCUUUUAAUUUCUUCUGAUCUCAUGCGCGGCACUAGGUCCUGUAAGCGCACUUCAAUUUGAUCGUCAUCCAUAUUAUCAGAUUCUGGGUUUUAACAUUGUCAUAUUCGACACCGCGUUACACGUUGUUCUUCGCAAUGAAGUUUUCUACCUGAGCUAAACUUUUAAACGAUUUUUAUACACAAUUUUUCACGUGGUGUAACUGUAUGUGUGUCACUUCCUCGAUAUUAAGAUCCGUGUUCACUUUUAAUAACAGUCCAACGUCAUGUACUGUAGGUCAACGAGGAUUAUGUCCAUCCAAACUCACUUCUAAACUUUGACCAUAGGAACAGAUACUUGUGGUUUUUUAAAUGAUUACCAACAUAAAAAAACAAACGCCGAAUAUGAAACUAGGCGCUGAUUAUUCAUACUUACUAUACACAGACAUAGAUAAUGUAGUGUCUCACAAUGUCUCUUCAUUCUGCACAUGACGAAGCGAAAUGCGCCAAUCUUUCUUGUAUCAUGGAAUGUAAAAGGUGACCAAAAACCGGAAUGGAACGUUAUUAACCCUCCGGCACUCGCGCCGGUGUAUUUUGUGCAACACCAUCCGUAACUCUAGCGAAGUCUUCUUCCAGCACAUUCGGGGAGUCAUUCGCGCGAGUGCCGGAGGAUUAAAUGAUGAAGAGUUCAGGAUGUUAAUUUCCAUAUAUCAAACACGAGUGAUUAAAUAUAUCCCCGAUACGCUCUCCAUGCACAAGCGUAGAUUUUUUCGUAACCCCCUAAAUUGUAAACGGGUUGGAUGUAAGGGAUGCUGCCAAAUCGGCAGUGAUUCUAAAGCCCUUCACAUAUUUUUGCGACAGCAUCAAUGUGAGGGUCUCUGUAUUCAGCACGAAUAUGCUUAUACUCCAUGCAGGAAAUCAUCCACCAUUUACAUGAUCUGAAAAUGAGGGGGUGUUAUAUGUAACUUCCUGCUCCGACAGUAUUACGCAUGAAUUGGAAAGAUUACUCAUGUGAAAUGAACCAUAUGUAUCUGUUUUGAUCAAUAAUACCGUAUUCGCUACGAAGAGGGCUUUGGCGACGAAGUUCUAAGGGUAUUUACAAUAACUGAUGUUUCAAGUGUCGUGGAAACGGCACACUUAAAGCCCGAACACAAUGAGAGCGGUAUAGCGGCAAAGCGGGGGAGCGACAAAUGCGAAUUGUACACGGUAAAAAAUCCGUUCAUACAUUCAUGAACAGAGGGUCACGAUUUCGUGAACUAAACGAUUUACGAAAACCGCAAACUGAACGAUUUACGAAAAAGUUCCUGAAAUUAUGAAUACAAAAUUUCGUUUUUCAUUAAACUAUUUGUGUUUUCAAAAAAACUAGUUCGCCCCGAAUGUAUACAUGGCGUUACAUUAGAAUGUUUGGUUGGGUUACUGUUGUUGUUCCCUAGACAUGUUUAGUUUUUGUUGUGAUUCUUGUUCAUGCUUUGGGAAUACACAGCCGACAGUCAAACGUUGUUAAUGAUUUCAACAGCUUAUUCUCGGUUCUUGUGAUUUCCCUUCACGUUACCAUGCUAUUUUAUUCAUGAGUUUUCUGUUAGAUUUUUCUGUCAGAUUAGCGGGAUUAAUGUUCAUUAUUUCAGGAUCUUAAUCACGAUUUUAGAUAUUUUUGUCACGAGGCCGUGUGAUUUUUGUUCAUGAUUUUAGGAUCUUAGCCACGAUUUUCGUAAUUUCUGUUCAUGUUAUCGUGAUAUUUUAGUCACGAAUAGACCAAUUCAUGUUCUUGAUUUCGGGAUCUUAGUCAAGAGUUUAGAUAUUUUUGUUGUGUGAGUCGUGUUCAUGGUUUCAGUAUCUUAGUCACGAUUUUCGUAAUUUCUGUUCAUGUUAUCGUGAUAUUUUAUUUUGGAGCUUACUUUCAAAGAGUAAUGGAACUAAUGUUCAUGAUAUCGGCAGUUUUAUCAUAUUAUUUAUAAUUUUUUUUUCGCGUUAUCGUGAUAUAUUAUUUUAUGGUUACUAUCGGUUUUUUACUCGGAAAUAUGAACUGUAUCAUGUAAAUGUGACUGAUUCGCGAUAUCUUGUUAUGUGGACUGUAUCACUGUUUGGGGUUCUCAGCGCAGUUUUCGUUUUCUGUACGGACAUCACAAUGAACCUUACUAAAUGAAUAGCGAUGUUUGAGGUUUCCUAUAUUUUUUAUAUCUACUGCUCGUAGAUAUUACUGCUCGCUAGCAGCUGGGCAUUCCAUGAAAAAGUGUAUGGAACAAAAGAUGGGUGGGUAAUGUCUGCGACAUAACCGGAGAGAUGUAGAAUACAUAAGGAACACGUUCUUCAAAUAUGUUGAUAUUCAUUGGAAUUUUCGGACAAAAGGUGAUUUGGGCGAGGAAUAUUUCAAAUUAUUCUUUACAAAAAUGAUGGUGGUUCUGACAAGGACCGUUUUUGUUGGCGUUGUUGGCCUUGGUGGGGAGAUGCGCUGGCUUCGAUUUUCGUUGGAUGCUUCUGACUUCUUACUAUUUCCGGGCUUAGCUGUUGUCCAGGAGGUGAUUCUGACAUGAUUGGUGUAGGUGUAGGUCGUCAACCGGUUAUAAUUUUUCAAGCGUUGUUUACAUUUGAAAUUAAACCACUGGAUCAAUUAAAAAAAGUAUUGGUCUGUGAUAUGAAAAGUACGAAAUAUAUCUUCGGGUUUCUGCAUUGACGUUUUUGACAAAUACAAGAUCAAUGCAUGUGCCUGCAAGUGUAGUUGCUUGUGAUGGAUCAGAGAUCAAACGAAGCUUGAAACAUUCAUUCAUAAAAUAAACAAAUUUCAAAUUCUCUUGUUUUGAAACAUCUAUGUUGAAGUCGCCUGAAACGACCAUUGGAACAUUCUGAUUUCUAGACUAAAUAUUCUACAUUAAAAGAUGGGUGGGUAAUGUCUGCGACAUAACUGGAGUGUCGUAACUA